CACUCUCACCAGUCACAACAAAAAACAAAACAGAAAAACAAAAAAAGAAGAAGAAAGAUUCUAAUGGCUUCCUCAACCAUGGCUUUGUCCUCCCCUGCCUUCGCCGGAAAGGCUGUGAAGCCGGCGGCAUCAGAUGUCCUCGGAAGCGGCCGUGUGACAAUGAGGAAGACUGUUGCCAAGCCAAAGGGUCCAUCAGGCAGCCCAUGGUACGGAUCUGACCGUGUCAAGUACUUGGGUCCAUUCUCCGGCGAGCCCCCGAGCUACCUUACCGGAGAGUUCCCCGGUGACUACGGAUGGGACACCGCCGGUCUAUCCGCCGACCCAGAGACCUUCGCCAGGAACCGUGAGCUAGAAGUUAUCCACAGCAGAUGGGCCAUGCUCGGAGCCCUAGGCUGCGUUUUCCCUGAGCUAUUGGCUAGGAACGGAGUGAAGUUCGGAGAAGCGGUUUGGUUCAAGGCCGGUUCACAGAUCUUCAGCGACGGAGGAUUGGACUACUUGGGCAACCCGAGCUUGGUCCACGCUCAGAGCAUCUUAGCCAUUUGGGCUACUCAAGUGAUCCUCAUGGGAGCUGUUGAAGGCUACAGAGUCGCCGGAAAUGGCCCAUUGGGAGAGGCAGAGGACUUGCUUUACCCAGGUGGCAGCUUCGACCCAUUGGGCCUCGCUACUGACCCCGAGGCUUUCGCGGAGUUGAAGGUGAAGGAGCUCAAGAACGGGAGGUUGGCUAUGUUCUCUAUGUUUGGAUUCUUCGUUCAAGCCAUCGUCACCGGAAAGGGACCUUUGGAGAACCUAGCCGACCAUUUGGCCGACCCAGUCAACAACAACGCAUGGGCCUUCGCCACCAACUUCGUCCCCGGAAAGUAAGCGAGAUAAUUAUGUGAAUGAGAGCAGAGAAAGAGAGUUUGUUUGUGGUCUUUCCUAUGUAAAUUUGUGAAAUUUCCUUUGUGGUAUCUUUGUAUGAUUUAUCAGAAAUCGAACCUCUUUUUCUCUAACUGUGUUGGCGUUUUAUCUUUAGACUUGUUGAAUUUUGAAUUA